AACAACCGAGACAGAACCUACAACAGUUGGCACAAACACUGAAUGAAGCGUGGAUGAACAUUUCACAUGUCACAGAUCUGAUUGGUUCCAUCUUGCGACGAUGCCAGGUUGUCCUGGACUUUCACGGAGACCAUACAGGAUAUUGAGGAAAGAUGACCUUCACCUUGACAUUCGAAUGUUUAGCCAUGAUCCAAGCCCCGUACAACACUGUGCAGUAUGAGGUCAACAACCUUCUUUCAAGUACUUCUGGACGGCUGUACUUCAUGGUGGACUUGAACACUGGCGCAGUCAGCCUCAGGUGCUUUCUGGAAUCGGACACAAGCUACACUGGAGUAUACGCGAUUGUUGUUGAUGCAGUAGAUGGAGGCGGACUAAGGGCUAAUCCGCCUGCCAAAGUUGAAAUCACCGUGGACAGAAAUUCAACGCUGCGGCCACCCAAUGAUACCAAUUCCAUGUCACCCACAGCAUUCCUCUGUUGCCAGGAACCUCUGCUACCGUACUGGGGUGGAAACAGUAAGACUUACAUCACUUGAUGAACAGUACAACCAGAAAUUAUUGAGAAUUUAAGAUUGUAAUUUUUUAUAUUUUUUUCACUCAUUACUCACGUAUUAAAU